GGCGGCCGGGCUGCACCGCUACCUGCGCGACUUCUGCGGCUGUCACGUGGCCUGGUCGGGCGUCCAGCUGCGCCUGCCGCGCCCGCUGCCCGCGGUGCCCGGGGAGCUGACCGAGGCCUCGCCCUACAGGUACCGCUACUACCAGAACGUGUGCACACAUAGCUACUCCUUCGUGUGGUGGGACUGGCCGCGCUGGGAGCGGGAGAUCGACUGGAUGGCGCUGCACGGCAUCAACCUGGCCCUGGCCUGGGGUGGCCAGGAGGCCAUCUGGCAGCGGGUGUACCUGGCCCUGGGCCUGACCCAGGCAGAGAUUGACGAGUACUUCACCGGCCCGGCCUUCCUGGCCUGGGGGCGCAUGGGCAACCUGCACAGCUGGGGCGGCCCCCUGCCCCGCGCCUGGCACCUCAAGCAGCUCUACCUGCAGCACCGGGUUCUGGACCGCAUGCGCGCGCUGGGCAUGACCCCUGUGCUCCCUGCGUUUGCUGGGCAUGUCCCCAAGGCCAUCGCCAGGGUGUUUCCGCAGGUCAGCGUCACCCAGCUGGGCAGCUGGGGACACUUCAACUGCUCCUACUCCUGCGCCUUCCUCCUGGCUCCGGGAGACCCCCUCUUCCCGCUCAUCGGGAGCCUCUUCCUGCGGGAGCUGACCAGGGAGUUCGACACAGACCACAUCUACGGGGCGGACACUUUCAACGAGAUGCAGCCGCCCUCCUCUGACCCUGCCUACCUGGCCAACGCCACUGCCGCUGUGUUCGAGGCCAUGGCUGCAGUGGACCCCGAUGCUGUGUGGCUGCUCCAAGGCUGGCUCUUCCAGAACCAGCCUGAGUUCUGGGGUCCGGCCCAGGUUGGGGCAGUGCUGGGGGCCGUCCCGCAGGGCCGCCUGCUGGUUCUGGACCUGUUCGCCGAGAGCCAGCCCGUCUACGCCCGCACGGCCUCCUUCCGGGGCCAGCCGUUCAUCUGGUGCAUGCUGCACAACUUCGGCGGGAACCACGGCCUCUUCGGAGCCCUGGAGGCCGUGAACCAGGGCCCCGCGGCCGCCCGCCUCUUCCCCAACUCCACCAUGGUGGGCACGGGCAUCGCGCCAGAGGGCAUCGGCCAGAACGAGGUGGUUUACGCACUCAUGGCAGAGCUAGGCUGGCGGAAGGACCCCGUGCCCGAUCUGUCGGCCUGGGUGGGCCGCUUCGCAGAGCGGCGGUACGGGGCGGCCCAGCCAGAUGCCGCGGCAGCCUGGAGACUCCUGCUCCGCAGCGUGUACAACUGCUCGGGCGAGGCCUGCCGAGGCCACAACCGCAGCCCGCUGGUCCGGCGGCCGUCCCUGCAGAUGAACACCACGGUGUGGUACAACAGAUCCGAUGUGUUUGAGGCCUGGCGGCUGCUGCUCAAGGCCUCACCCAACCUGACCGCCAGCCCGGCCUUCCGCUACGACCUGCUGGACGUCACCCGGCAGGCGCUGCAGGAGCUCGUCAGCUUGUACUACGAGGAGGCGCGGGCGGCCUACCUGCAGCAGGAGCUGGUGGGGUUGCUGAGGGCUGGCGGCCUCCUGGCCUACGAGCUCCUGCCUGCCCUGGACGAGGUGCUGGCCAGUGACCGCCACUUCCUGCUGGGCAGCUGGCUGGCGCAGGCCCGGGCGGCCGCCGUGAGCGAGGCCCAGGCCGAUCUGUACGAGCUGAACAGCCGUUAUCAGCUGACUUUGUGGGGGCCGGAAGGCAACAUCCUGGACUACGCCAACAAGCAGCUGGCGGGGCUGGUGGCCCACUACUAUGCGCCCCGCUGGCGGCUCUUCGUGGAGUCGCUGGCCGACAGCCUGGCCAGGGCUGCCCCUUUCCAGCAGCGCCGGUUCAACAGGGACGUCUUCCGGCUGGAACAGGCCUUCGUCCUAAGCAGCCGGAGGUACCGCAGCCAGCCCCAGGGCGACACUGUGGACCUGGCCAGGAGGGUCUUCCUCAAGUUUGCCCCCCCGAGGGCGGCUGGCGCCAGCUGACAGUCACCACAAGGCCACGUUCCCCUGGACUCGGCCUGGAGCCAGGCCAGCACCGCCGGGACCUUGGGCCUGGGGGAAGGGGCCGAGGCUUGGCGCAGGAGGCCGGGGUGGCCGGGGCGAGCUGACCUCCACCGCCACCCAGCUUGGGAAUAAAGUGCUGCUUCCUGUCACCUUCA